UAUGCACCAUCAAAUGAUCAAGUUUCUGAUAAUAUUUAUAUUACAGGUUCUUAGUAUACCAGGUGUUACCUUCUAAAUUUUAGAAUUGUUUAGAACAAUUACAGGAGAGAGCUGAGAUUUAAAAAAAUUGCCAAAUUAUUCGAUAUGAUUUCUAAAAUACCAUCAGCAUUCCUUUCAUCUAAGAUACACCCAGUUAUACACCACCAACUACUCUAGGUUGUUGUGUUUUGAAAUUAUACGAUUAGAAUGAUCUAUAACUGAGAUUAAAACAAGUGGAGGAAUAAGUAUGAAAAACGGCUUCUUAGG